AUGCUUGAAGAACUAUUCCCAAUAGUCACUCUCUUCAAACACUGGGUAUGGAGAAAGAUGCUAGAGGAUGCUGGCAUCUUAGAGGAAUACACAGACAUCCCAGCUGGCAUCAAACACGGCUUUCUAAUAGGACUCGAAAAAUUCACGCUAUCAAAAACCUUCACACCACAAAAUCAUUCCACAGCGCCUGAACAUCUAGCAUUCCUGCACAAGAAAUACAAUGAAGAAAUCAAAUUGGGGAGGCUGUUGAAGGGAUACGAUCCCAAAGAACUACAGAAACUGAUAGGAAAUUACUGA